AUGUUUCUUACAACUAUCGUCGUAAUUGAUGUUAUUCGGCGGUACACUUGGGUUGCGAUACCAGCGUCAUUUUUGUCGUUAUCGAUGGUUCCAUUUGCUUCUUGUGCGCUUGUGAUUGGCAGUAUAAGUUGGGUUGUGCCCAGACGAGUGUACGUGAGCUUGGAUAAUGCUUUGUACACAUCGUUUAUGCGAAUCUGCUCCUUCGUUUUUGAGAAUGUCGCCAAUGUAUCGAUUUAUAUUGAUGGCGAUAUCAGUGAAAUAACAAGAAAGCAAGAAAGCGCAAUUGUUUUUUCGAAUCAUCAAUCCGAUGUUGAUUGGGCCGUGAUUAAUAUGCUAGCGAGUCGACAAAAAUGUGGCGAAAAAAUACUAAGGUUUAUGGUGAAAUACGCAAUCCAUUAUGUACCUUUGUUUGGUUGGUAUAUAUUUCAGCAUGGUUAUGUCUUUGUUAGACGCUUUGGCAAUUUUGUUCUUAGCCCGGUGGAAAAACAAUUAUCAUAUUUGGCUGAGUUGAAUGAGCCGUUUUGGUUAUUGAUAUUUCCAGAAGGAACGCGAUAUUCGCUUGCAAAACAUUCAAUAAUUAUUAAAACCAGGGAACAGUGUAUUCAUAAAAAUAUUGAGGUUAUUUCUUUUGAUUUUCUUCUGCAUAAUAUGAAAAGAAUUGCGCCAAAUAUGUUUGAAUUCGUCUCCAAUCCGAAAUCUUCGCUUUACAUUCAUGUAAGGCGAUUUCCCAUUGAAGAAAUAUCAUCUGAUGAAACAGUAUUGAAGAAGUGGCUCAUUCAUCGAUUUGUUGAGAAGGAGAAGUAUGUUUUCUAUUCCGUUCUACCUCUUUCACGGACUUUCGCACCUGUUUCCAUUUAUCUUACACUACUAAUUGCUCCAGUUUUUAGUAAAACUUUUCGUCGUAUUUAUUUUUUUACGAUAUUAUCAUCACCUUUGCUUAUUUUAUGGCUGAAGAUUCGCAGUUGUGUUUAA